AUGCCCAAAAAGAAGCAAGAAAUGUCUCAGGUGUACAGUCAGAACAACGAGUUCAUAUUUGGUGAGAAGGGAGGUAAGGGGAAAAACCUCCUGUCAUUCUUGAAAAAUCUAUCGCUUACCGGGAGUCCGAGCUCUCUGCUGCGUCAAGGAAAUAGAGGGGGUGAUGCAGAAAGCCUACGGGAGGUCAACAGCAACAUUUAUGGCAACUUGUCGUACGGCAUUGGCGCUCAAGAUCAUGGAGGAGGUGAGAUCGGUCAGAGGCCAAUGAUGGCUAGCAGAGGCUCAAAGUCUUCACGAUCCAUAUCUGCUAGUCAGACACGGAGCUCGACGGGCUCUCACGAUGGCACAGACGAAAAGCAAACAAGUAGGCUGUCCUCGCCUUUUACUAUCAGUCGAGCUGUGAGUGGAUCAGGAUACUCCCCAAGAAAUGCUUACAGACGACCAACAUAUACGGACCUAGACGAUGAUUGGGAUGCAGCAAUUGACGAGGUCAACCUGAAGAACUCACGCAUAAAGCCUCCUAAACAAGAGCAUUUAGCCAGCUUGAGCUCAGAGGAGCGUCGGUCUAGCUCUACGGGCGUCGUUGAUUCGCUCUACCCUGAAUUGACCAUGAGCUCCGGUGCUGGUGCCUCUUUGGCGAAGGAGCUGAUGGACUCUCAAGACAAAGAGAUGAAAAACGAGAUACAAAAGCUUAACUCCAUCCACACCAGAUUCAGUAAGUUCCAAAAGGUUCUUGCUGAGGAUGAUAGUGGUGUAAACAUGCGAGACCUAAGGAAGUUGGCCUGGAAUGGAAUCCCGUCGGAGCUUCGAGCUCUUUGUUGGCAAUUGCUCUUGGGAUACUUACCUACGAACAAAACAAGACAAAGCUCCACCCUCAAGAGGAAAAGACAGGAGUAUCUUGAUGGUCUCAAAGAUGCAAAUGCUGGCUCCAUGUUUGAUGGAACGGUAACGCCGAGCAAUGAGUCCUCAGGCCUGUUGCCUGCCUCCAAUAAUAGAGACAACAGUUUGAACAAAGAAAAGCAACUUCAUCAUCAGAUCAAAAUUGAUGUCAAAAGGACCAAUCCAAGCAUUAAACUCUUUGGAUACGAUGCAACGCAGAGAUCACUUCGUAAAGUGUUAUACUUGUGGGCCAUUCGUCAUCCUGCCAGUGGUUAUGUGCAAGGUAUAAACGACUUGUGCACCCCGUUCUACCAAAUCUUUUUAUCAAACUACAUUUGGCAGUUGCAGCUUAAAAAAGCAUUUGACGCCGGACAUGGCGAUGAUCCUAGCUCUCUCUUCAUUCCCGGACUUAUAGACGAGACAGGAUCUGACACGUUUGAGAAUGAGAUUCUUCUGGACCCACAAUUGCCCACGUUUACAUGGGAGAAUUUUGAUAGUGGGAAGCUCUCGCCAAGAGUGACUGCAAUUAUAGAAGCUGACACUUACUGGUGUCUUUCGAGACUUCUUGACAACAUCACUGAUAACUACAUCCAUGAGCAACCGGGAAUUAUAAGACAAGUCAAUGAUUUGAGGAAUCUCAUUUCAAAGAUUGAUGUGUCACUUCUUGAACAUCUCGAAAGUGAGGGAGUCGAAUUCAUUCAGUUUGCAUUUCGCUGGAUGAACUGCCUACUUAUGAGAGAACUCUCAAUAGGACUCAUUGUGAGAAUGUGGGAUACUUAUCUAAGCGAGACACCUUUAGGAUUCAACAACUUCCAUGUGUAUGUUUGCGCAGCAUUUCUCAUAAAGUUCACAAAUGAGCUUAAGCAAAAAGACUUCCAGGAAAUACUUCUUUUCCUUCAAAACCCGCCAACCUCCGUCUGGACUGAGAAAGACGUUGAAUUGAUGUUAAGCGAAGCCUUCAUUUGGCAAAGAAGAACAAUUUUGGCAUCGACUAUUGCUAAGCAGUAUGUCACUGAGAUAACAUCGCAAGUCAAAGCAUUGAGCUUUAAACCAAAGUUGGUUGGUUUUUUGGCCAAUGAUGACAGUGCUGCUGAAAUGUAUGCCAACUGGUCAGCGAAAACCUGUGAGCUGAUGGGCUUUGAGUACGAGUUGAGAAGAAGGGCCAAGCACGAUCUUGAGAGUGCCUUGAUUCAAGCCAACAACGAUGACAAGGUCGAUGGUAUAAUGGUUUACUUUCCUAUUUUUGGUGACAAGCAAGAUCAAUAUCUUCAACAACUCAUUUCGACUGAGAAGGACGUUGAAGGUCUCAACUUUUUGUACUACCACAACUUGUACCAUAAUAUCAGAUUUUUGGACCCACCCACGAAUGAGCAAAAGUCCAUUCUACCUUGCACACCAUUGGCUAUGGUGAAGAUCUUGGAGUACUUGGGCGUCUACAACAAGCACUUGCACUACGGUAACCGUCUUUACGGUAAGAAAGUUUUGGUGGUGAACCGUUCCGAAAUCGUCGGUAGACCGCUUGCUGCCCUUUUGGCCAAUGACGGCGCAACGGUUUUUUCUCUCGAUAUCAACAAUAUUCAACAGUUUACCAGAGGCGACGACUUGCUGAUGCAGAGACACAAAGUUAUCGACUUGGAUCUGAAGGAAUACCCGCUUGAGAAAGUGGCCCCUCAAUGUGACGUAAUUAUCACCGGCGUGCCCUCGGAAAAUUACAAAUUCCCUACCGAAUUGGUCCCUAACGGAGCCGUUGUGAUAAACUUCGCGAGUGCCAAAAACUUCAACGAAGAGGUGAAGCAGAAAGCCGGCUUAUACGUUCCUCUGAUCGGAAAAGUCACCAUCGCCAUGCUUCUUAGAAACUUACUCCGUUUGAUCAACAACAAAAAAAUCCGUGUGGAGAAAGCUAGCGGUGGUGGUACCGGUGCCGCCGAUGCUUCUUCUGAGACCGGUCCCGCCGUUGAACGUGGGGCAGAAGGUAACAAAGCGGAAUAG